GCCUCUCUCAUUUUUCCUUCUUAUCAUCUUCAUCAUUGUGUUGGAUUGUAAUCUUACACAGCUUCUUCUGAACUCGGUGCCUCUCACUCAAAUUGUCUGGUCUGCUUCUUCUGAUCAAGCUAAGCAUCCUACUCUUGCAGAUCUCCAUUUUCUUUCCUUUCAAGUUCCAAAAACUCCUCUUUCACACCGUUUCAGGUCUCUCUCUCUCGCGCACACACAACUCUCUCUAUUUGUUAAGUGCAUCGAUCUCAUAUUCCAGAUCUCAUACUUCCGUUCUCCAGUUUCUUUGCUUCCAAACACUUGAGGUGCCCAAGUUUCUCUGUCAUUUCUUGCUAUUUAUGUCAAUGGAAGAUUGGCUUUUCUUUGCUUCUAAACAGUUGAAUUUUCUGCUCUUCUGAGAAAAAUAGAAAAAGGAGACUCAAGCUUACUCUUUCUUCCUUCUCCGGUUCUCUCUCCUUCAUUUCGUACCCUCAAACCUGCCCAGAGAAUAUGUGAAUAAGCUGAUGAUGACCUGUGAAGAAUUUGAUGAAAGCUUGAAAAAGAUGAAUAUAAUACUUGCACUGGGCGUUGAAAGGUGAUGAUAGUUUGUGUGUGGUGAUUUCUUAAUAUUUAUGGGAAUAAGAUUCAGUCGUAUUUCCCAUAUAUACUUUCUUUGCUUCCAAAUGGUUGAAUUGCACGCCAAUUUGAGGAAUCAUGUGCAUCAAUCUGAAGGAUUGAAAUAUUCCAUACAGCUAAGUGUCUUGUGAAACAACCAUUGAACCUACAAAAUAUUAGGCGGAUGAGACUUGUGGGAUGUUCAAAGUUAAAGUCAUUGUUCAGUGUAUCCAUUGCCACAACCAUCAUGCUAGAGAAUUUGGAAAUCGAUGACUGUGAAGAAUUGAAGCACAUAAUAACAAAUGAAGCAGAGGAUGAUGGCCAUCUCAAUUGCACCUCCAUCUUCUCAAAACUACAGAGGCUCGAUAUCAUGGAUUGCCAUAAGUUGGAAUUUAUAUUUCCAUUUACUUUUUCUGGAGGUCUUCAAGAAUUAAACUUUAUACAUAUCUACGAGGCUGACGAACUGAAAUAUGUUUUUGGAAAAUACCAUGAUGAAGAGUGUCUAUCAAAUGAGAAUGAGAAUAAUGAGCCUCACAUUGAUCUUCCUGCAUUGGAACAUCUAUUCCUUCGAUAUGUACCAAAUAUGAGGGGCAUUUGUAUCAAGAACUAUGAACUGGAAUGCUCAUCUCUACAGACUGUGGAAGCACCUAAGGAAAUUAAGGAGCGCAUGGAAGAUGUGGCAAGUGAAGCAGCAAAGGAAUCCGAAAUACAAGAGAUUGUUAAUGUUGAUUGCCCAAUGAGCCCAACUGUUGGCUUCCAAUAUUUUCUCAACUUCCACAAUCUAAAAAAAAUAGCAAUUGUGGGAAAUCAAAAGUUCAGAACUGUGUUCUCUGUCUCUACAUACAAAAGCCUACCGCAGCUGUCCUAUUUGUGUAUAAGGUACAAUGAGGAAUUAGUCAAUGUUGUUGAAGAAGAUUCUAAUGAUAACGAUUGUUCCAUUUUACCAAAAAUGGAGCGUUUAAUAAUCGAGAAGUGCGACAAACUGAAGUUUAUAUUUCCUUUUUCUCUUCUCGGUGGUCUUCAAAAAUUAAAAUCUUUGGAAAUCGACAAAGCUGCUAAUUUGAAAUACAUUUUUGGGAAAUAUGAUGAUGGAGAUCAUUUAUCAAAUGAGAAUGAAAGUGAUAAGCGUCAUAUUGACCUCCCUGCUUUGGAAGAACUAUCUCUUAGAGAUGUACCAAAGAUGAUCCACAAUAUUUGGACAAAAAAAUAUAAUCUCAGAUUGCCUUCUCUACAAAGCAUUGAUUUAAAUGGUCAAGAGUUCAGCGGAAGAUCUUUUGUAGAUUUGAUGGCUUAUUUACAAGGAAUAGCUCCAGAGCACUUGAUGACAAUGAUCAAGGGUGUGCAGAAGUUGACAUAUCUUCGUGUAAGCAACUCCAAGAUAGAAGAGGUUCUUAAUUUGGAAGGAGUUGAAAUUGAAGGUCCAGUGACAUUAAGCUUAGAAGAAAUGAGUUUGCAAUAUCUGAGUGAGUUGAAGCAUAUAUGGAAGGCUCCCAAAUAUAUUUUGAGCCUCCCCAAUCUUUCUGAAUUAUACAUUACAGAGUGUAAGAAGCUAAGAGCAAUCUUCUGUGUCUCAAUAUCAAAAAGCCUCCCACAAUUGACCUCUUUACGGAUAAAAAACUGUGAUGAAUUAGUUGACAUUAUUGAAGAGAGUGACGAGGAUCCUUUGCAUCAACUUUUGUUCCCAGAGUUAAAAGAUAUUGACAUCAGUGGUUGUAAUAGAUUGAAAUGUCUUUUCUCCAUCACAACACCUUCCAUGUUUCCAAAGCUAGAGUGCUUGGAAAUACAAGAAGCCUCAGAGUUGGAGCAAGUAUUCAAACGCAAACAUGAUGAUACAAAGAAGAUGGUGUUGAAAGAUGUGUUCCCAAAGCUAUCAAGGUUAAUUCUCAAAGAACUGCCCAUACUUCUUGCUAUUUGUGAUGGGAUUGAUUUCCAAACUCUGCAAAAUCCUGAAGUUGUUAAUUGUCCCAAAUAUAAAGAAGUUACUUCUCAACUGCAAGAAGGACCGUCAAAUUUGAAUUCAAAAAAUCAAGUAAACACAGAGGAGCAACUCUCUCUCAAAUUCGAUAGUGCUCAGGUUCUGCCAUAUAUGGGAGAAACAAGUGGUUCAUCCUCAAACUUAGCAAAGAGUAUGGAUCCCGUAAUACAAGAAAGAGUUCAAGAAGGUCCUACAUCAAAGGAUGCAGUGGGAGCAACCAUGGUAGAUGAUUUAACAGCAACAAACUCAUCUUCAGAAUUAAUUACUCCUCUCCCAAAUGAGUUUCCAGUGAAUGUUGCUGAAAGCUUUCCAGAAGACACUUCAGUUAUGAAAAAUAGAAUGGUUGCUGCAUCAGUCUGUUCACAACCAGCAGGCUUGCAAUAUGGUUCAUCUACAAUGGUUGCUAGCAUGAAAGAAAAACACGAACAAGGCUCUCAAGAGAAUGAUGCAACUGAGGAAGCUACAAUAGCAAUUCAAUCAACUGAUUCAGAGUCAAGGAAGCAAACUAGAAGCUCAGAACCAGGGAAAGGAACUGUUAGAGUACAUGCUUCACAGGUGCCAACGACUACUACUACAAGAAAUAGAGAGACUGUUAAAGAAACUAGAGAUGACUCAAGUGUUCAAGAGGAACCUGAAGUUACUCGUUCUGCCCCUCAUCAAUCAAAAAUUGCUGGUGUUGGAACUUCAUCUCCUAAAUUGGGGAUCUGUGAAAUUUUUCAACCUGUGGAGCUCAAACUUGGCGAAACAGCUUUACUUGCUCAAGCACUCGAGCGAUAUCCUCAACUAUUGCUACCUCGUGAACAUCGAACCCCUCGGAUAAUAGCUUGGUCCUAUCGAGUUCUGGUUGAUAUUUUGGUCAUGCUAGCCACCAAGACUGCUUAUACCAUCACACCAUCAGAAAAAUCAACCUUGAAGGAAAACCUAAGUGAAGCAAUUAUUCUUGGGUUCGACGAGGACUGGGUUGAAUCAGUUUGUGCAAAAGUUUUUGGGUCUGACAUGUCAGAUGUGUCAGUAGCAAAAGAGGAAAUUCAAGUCACGGAGGUCAAGCUUAGAGAAAUUGAUUCUCAGUUACUGGGUCUUUCUGAAGAUCGCAAGAACUUGACUCAGAAAAUAGCGAUGUUGAGCGACAUAAUAAGUGCCAAGCAUAAACAACAAACAACAACAACAACAAGCCUUUAUCCCACUAGGUGGGGUCGGCUACAUGAAUUAUAAGACGCCAUUGUGCUCUAUCAUUUAUCAAGCUUUUAAGAAUAUUAUUAAUUAAGAGAUCGUGUUCAACAACUUCUAAGAGUGUUCUCUUAGGCUUUCUUUUACCUCUCUUAAUCGGACUCAAAGUUAUAUGUUCCACUCUUCUCACUGGUGCUUCCCUUGGUCUUCUUUGUACAUGCCCAAACUAUCUCAACCGAUUUUUUAUCAUUUUUUCCUCAA